AUGGAGGGGAACGGCGCGAGCAAUGGCUCGCCGCUGAGCGCUUCGCAGCCCAGUUCCAGCCCCAACACGGUGCGGUCACUGAUUCCCGAGGCGACUCAUUCCUUGAACGCGGCCGGCGCCAUUCCCGAGUCGCGUCCUGCGCGUCUAAUCUUGCGGCCGUACGAAAUGAACUCACCAGGUUAUCCGGGCAUGUCUCCUCUUCAGUCUCCUCAGUCCGAAAAUUUGCGGUUCUACAACUCGCGAGAUGCUGGAGCGGGCUCGUUCAAGUCGCAGCAGCUGCGCCAGCAGCAGCCCCAGCCUCCGCCCAAGUACCAAGUCUCGCUGGACGACAUGAACAGCAAAAUGCAAAACUCCUUCGUUACUCCCAUGAAGCCCGUCGUAAGCACUCUGCCGGCGAUGCACGAGGCGCCGCAUCGGCCGCCGGUAGGCGUCGGCCGCGCCACGCUGCCUCUCAAUGCUUAUGAUCUUCCGCCGCCUCUGCUCGAAAGAAAGCACCCAAAAGAGCAGAGUUUUUUGCAGAGUUGGAGCAAAGUCGACCUCGCGGGCGCCAUCGCCACUUCUCGACUCGAGCGUGUGCCUCUGCCUAUGCUCGAGCGCGUGCCGGGUGGAACUUGCCGCCCAGGGCUGCAGGGGCCCCUCGUUAGGAUCAGACUCCCGCAAUUGCCUUCUGUGGAGGGGGAUUUGCGGCGCUUCUGCCAGCGAAUUUUGGCAGCUUUCAGCGGCGCAGCCGACGAUUGCCGCCGGCUCUUCGUUCCCUGCACAGACCUGAGGCUCCCCAGGCUUCAGUGCUGCGCGCCCCAGCCUCCCGUGAUACAAGAAUGCAAAGAGUGCGGAUACAAAGGACAUUUCUGUCCAGAAUGUGGCACUGGGGCGAACGGGAGUGCCAUGAGCGCGGCCGGCAUGCCGUACGCUCGUAUGCAGCCCUCCAGAGGCGUCUUAGUCGCUCAAGAGGGAUGCCUAGAACGUUGCAUGCGCUGGCACUGCUCUCUGUUUGAAGAGGUGGGAGACGCGAUUGACCAGGAGAUCUUGUGUGACCGCGCCGGCGGCAUCUUCCGCGAAUUCGGCGAAUUUGUGGACAACUUGGUGGCAGAGGGGAUUCACACUAUCAGUCUCAACUGCGCAGGGCUCUGCGGCUCGAUUCCUGGCAGAAGCCACACCAUAGUAGAGGGGUACCCGAUGUACGAACCCGAUCCACAGUAUGUCCGCAAGGAAAGACCCACAAGUACAACAGGUAACGCAUGUGUGGACCAGCUGAAUGCUUUCCUUGAUGCCUGCCUGGCCGGCCGCUCGAAGUUACCCCCUGACUACCUGCCGCCCCCCAUCCCCGAUACCCAGAAAACUGGCAACUGGCUGAUUGAUGCCACUAAUGCCGCGCUCGAUUACUGCCUGCAAGACCGAACGCCCCCUCCUCCUCCGCCUCCACGCAAGAAGACCUGCCCGCUAGAAAUGCUCGUUCCACCUUGCUGCCGCGAGCGGCCUCCCCCAGUGGUGGUCCCUCAAAAGCAACAGGGGUUUGAUGUAGCUGAUGAGGCCUCCGCCUUCAUUGUGUUACCAUUUGUAACAACUUCGGGUAACAACGUCGGCAUUACCCCUGCUGCCUGCUGCACCACAGCUGCUCACGAUGGACUGACGGACUGCUCUCUGGCCCGCUAA